AUGCAAAGCUCCUCUACUGCCAACAUCGUGGAUGAUAAGAAGGUCCUUCGGAAAAAGGUUGUAGCAGAGCUCAAGAAGCUCACAGCAGCGCAGAUGCACAGCGAAAGCUCUCAGAUCGCUGACCAUAUAUUGAAGGCUGAUUUCUAUCAGAGAUGCAAGAGAAUUGGGGUGUACAUACACUGUGCGCCAUUGAGGGAGGUGGACACUAGCAAGCUGGUCACCGCUGUAACAGAGGCAGACAAGCGGUGUUACAUCCCAGUAGUGCAGGACAGAGAGGCCAACAUGCGCCUGAUACACCUAGACACGCUUGAGGAUCUGAAGCCGGCUCCUCCAUUCAAUAUACUCGAGCCACCCCCCACCUAUGCAGAUGGAAGGCCUCGGGAAGACGUGCUGGAGAUGGAUGCCCCCCUGGACCUGCUGCUGAUGCCAGGCCUGGCGUUUGACAGCCAGGGGCGGCGCUGCGGCAGGGGCGGCGGUUACUAUGACAAAUUCCUGGCCCGGUGCCAGCAGCGGGCGCAGCAACACGGCUGGGACCCACCUCUCCUCGUGGCGUUGGCGUUCAGGGCGCAGAUGGUGGGUGCAGUGCCCAUGUGCCCCUAUGACAGGUCAGUGGACAUCAUUGUGACAGCCGACGGCAUGCUCUCUUGCAGCACUCGAAGCCAGCAACUUCAACUCUGCUAGUCACCCUCUGUGCACCUGGUUGCACUGCAGCUGUCUUCUGCUUCCCUUCAGUGAGCGCUUGGGAUGGUGUAUAAGCUACACUUUCAGAGGCCGCAGCAAAAAGCACGCCAAUGAGUAUCAGAACAGCGUGAGAAUCAGGAUGUGCUGGCACCUGCAGGUUGGGUCUCGCAGAAGCCUGGCACGUUGAGACUGUUGAUUUUCAUCAGCGACUUUGGGUCCCAGGAUACAUAUACAAAUUUGCUGGUGCAAUACAAUCCAUAUGUGGAAGGCUUUUGUGUAAGACUGCAGCGAUCAUGCUCUGUACUCAUCGAAGAGAGGGUUGAGGCUGUCAAUUUCUUCAAGAGAUCUAUGGAUGAACUAUGUGCACAGUGUUGCUGGCCUCAAUUUAGUCAAUCUUCAUGCAAAUUUUUGUUUACAAUUCAUGCUUAUGCUUC